CUUCAAUUGCGUUUAAUUGGUCACAAUUUAUUCGGCUCUCUGUCUCUGUUUUCAGAAUUUAAUUGGAUCAGCCAGUUCAAUUUCUUAAGCAUCAUCCAAAUUUCCUCAAAAUGCCACGGUUUAUCAAACAUCAUCGCUUUGCUUAUUCAAGUAGCCCUGAGGAUGAUGUUUCUUCAGCGAAAAGGAGAAUGAAUUAUUAUGAAAAUCUCUGGCCACCAGAGUAUACGCGUCCAACAUACACCUUUAUUCAAUUUUUGCACCACUACGAUUAGCAUCAAGACAACUUGGAGAUGCAAAAGAAACUACAAUUCCUAUUGAAUUUUCUGAAAUAAGCAAAUUACAUUUUGAGGAAUUACAUAAUUUAAGGGGCUUUUCAUGUGGAGAUAUGGUUGAAUGGCCAAUUUUGAAGCAUGUGAUUCUGAACAAAUGUCCUAACUUGAAGAAAUUUGGGCUGGGAACAAUAAAAGAAUUGCAAUUAAAGAGAUUCAUCUUAGAAAAUCAAGAACAAGUUGGCAUUGAUACCAAGAUUCUCCAUCUUUUUGAAUUAUCGGAUCGAUUCUCAACAAUGGAGGAGUACCCUAUUGAUGACAACGAGGAAUUAAGAAAGGCAAUAGAUAACAUUCGACCUUCACAUUUUAGGAACUUGCUAAGACUUUCGAUCAAAUAUUGUGAUCAAAGGCUAAACAAUUUUUUGUCUAUUUUGAUGAAGAGAGCAAACAAGCUUCAAGAUAUAAGCAUUGUGCAAUGCAAAACUUUAGAACAUUUGUUUGAUCUCAAUGAGUUUACCCCUGACAAUGAUGGACAUGGAAAAUAUUUUACACAAAUAAAAGCAUUAAUAUUGAUAGAACUACAUCAGCUAAAAUGCAUAUGGAACAAGGAUCCAGUGGGAAUUCUUGGCUUUGAAAAUUUGCAAAUGGUACACAUAAUAAGUUGUUCCUCUCUGCAUAAGUUGUUCACUCCUUCUACAGCCAAGAAACUCAGCCAACUAAAUGAACUAAAGUUAGAGGCAUGUCAAAUGUUACAAAAAGUUAUUGAUAUUGGUAUCACUGAAACAAUUAAAUUCCCAACAUUAAAUAAGGUGGAGUUCAAGUCUCUCUCAAGAUUGAUUCACUUUUACUUGUAUCCUCUAGAAUUUCCACAACUAAGAUCUUUGAAAAUAGAAAAAUGUCCUGAGCUAGAAGAAUUUACAACUGGGUUUGCAACUAUAAAUGCUUCACAAAUAACUAAUGACAGGUCAUUUUUUGAGUUGAAUGAUCUCAAGUUAGAUAAAUGCCACAAGUUGGUAUGUGCAGUCUCUUCUAGGGCAUUGCAAGAGUUGAAGAAUCUGAAGAAACUCAUUGUGAGCCAUUGCAACACAUUAGAAAUGGUAUUCAACAUUCAUGAUGAAAUAUCUUAUCAUACAAAUCUCCUACAACAUCUGGAUGAAUUGAUUUUGAUUGAUCUACCUAAAUUAAGUUAUGUCAUCAACAAAAAGUUUGUUAGGUUUUGUGAAAGCAUGCAAAGCUUACAAGUGAAGCAAUGUAAGUUAAUUAAAUGGCUACCAGUGUCUUUGAUGUUGAUAAGUAUAGAAAUUUCAAAUUGUGAAGCCUUGGAGAAAAUUAUGAUCACUAAUAAAGAUGAAGGAACAAGAGGAAAAAACACAUUUCUUAAGUUAAAGUUUGUUUGUCUUAAAAACUUGACAAACUUGUAUACUCUUUUCCCUUUUACAUCUGAAUUUCCCUCCUUAGAAGAAUUGAAAAUAACAAAUUGCCCCAAUUUGACCACUUUUGUUGAAGAGUCUAAGGAGCUAAAAGAUCUUGCAAAACCCACUACUUCAAAUAUUUUCUUCCCAAAUUCAUUAUCAUUGGAAACAUUAAAGAUGUUGUACAUGAAAAAUCAAGAUUUUGAGAAGCUUUGGCAGAACAAUUGUCCUUCCAAAUCAUUUUGUGAAUUGGAAUAUCUAACUUUGAGUAACAACAACAAAUUAUUGAAUGUCAUCUCUUCUAACAUUAUCAUAAGACUUAACAAGUUGAAAAAAUUGACUUUGGAACAAUGCGAAGUAUUGACUGAGAUAUUUUAUCUUGAAGAUGAUAAGUCAACGGGUAAUAUCCAAGAACUUCUUCCUCGAUUGCAGGAAUUGGCAUUGAGUUAUCUAAGAAGUUUCACUUGUGUUUGGAACAUCAAACCUUCAGUUUCAUUUUUCCCAAAUUUAAUGUCACUUCACAUUGUUCAUUGUGGAACCCUCCAAAGUCUAUUUUCAAUUUCUUCUACAAAAAACCUUCAGAAUCUCAAAUCAUUGAAAUUGUGCAAUUGUGACAAAUUAGAGGAGGAAAAUUUCAUUUUGCAGAAUUGUUUGGUUUUCCUUCAUGAGCGUCGUGAGAAUGACAUUAUCAAUAAACUCAAGUACAUGCUCCUGAAAUGA